AUGCCGUGCUUGGCUGGGGCUAAAGACCGGAAGCGUGGAGUACGACCCUCGCUGGUUUGAACGCGAGCCCAAGCACAUCCGUCUUCCAACAGGUCCCGGUUAGUCCAGAAGAACUCAAAGCCGCCGCCAAACUCUUUUCAGAGCCUCAGCGCCACUCCUCGCGGCGGCGGUCUGGCUCGAUAACCGAUCGCGAUGCAUCUCCCCUCCUUGGGCCGUCUGGAGACAGAGAGAUAGAAGCCAUGCGAUUUGCUUCUCCUUCCCUUCAAUGCAUCGCUGCUGCCGCGACCUCAAACGCCACCAUGUCUUCCUCCCGCGUUAGUGCUCGAGGCCGGAAUCCAUGGCACCGUGGCUUCUGCGACCGGCCGCCGCAGGACGGCCAAGAAGAUGGCGGCGGGCUCGUGAGUGGAGACUCGCACUUGAGGACCGUAAGGGACGCGAACUAUGGGUUCCGGCAGUGGCAGAGUGGCGGCGCUUGGGUCCCCCGGGGCCCUCCGCGAUCACCAUACCGCCCACGACCAGGGCCGCCGACCUACGGCCCUUCCCCGCCAUACCACGCCCCUUCGCCGCUACCGUCCCAUGGAAUGCCUCCGCCGCCGGCUUUUAGAACUCCUGCCCCGGCGUUCGGCCCGCCGCAGCCGGCCUUCCACCAACCUCUACUGCCUAGGCUUGCGGAUUAUUACAGGAAUUGGAAUUUUGCUCUUUCACAGCCGCCCCCUCAGUGCGAGCGGUUUAUUGUGCUCUCAUACAAUAUACUCGCGGACUACCUUGCUAGAGAUCAUCGAUCCAAACUUUACUUUCACAUUCCACAUUACAUUUUGGAUUGGGAAUGGCGAAAGAAAAGGUUAUUAUUAGAGUUCGGAUUGUGGGCUCCUGAUGUAAUGUGUCUUCAGGAAGUAGACAGAUUUCAUGAUCUAGAAGCAGAACUGGCAGUCCGAGGAUAUAACGGCAUUUGGAAGAUGCGCACUGGAAAUGCUGUUGAUGGAUGUGCAAUCUUUUGGCGAACAAAUAGAUUCCAGCUGCGGCAUGAAGAGCACAUUGAGUUCAAUAAACUUGGACUCCGAGACAAUGUUGCCCAGAUUUGUGUUCUGGAGUCGAGGAUUCAAAGCCCUGUCGAAAAAGAGAUCGCAUCUUUACCUGAAAGCUCUGAUCAAUCAAGACCAGCUAAUCAGGUUGUUAUAUGUAACAUUCAUGUCCUUUACAAUCCAAAAAGAGGAGAAAUUAAGCUUGGUCAGGUAAGGAAGCUUCUUGACCGAGCAUAUGUGGUUUCUAAGAUCUGGAAUGAUGCUCCAGUAAUUAUUUGUGGAGAUUUCAAUUGUACACCUAAGAGCCCACUGUACAAGUUUAUAUCUGAGUUUAAGAUAAGCUUGUCUGGACUUGCUCGGGAUCAGGUUUCAGGACAAUAUGCUGCUAGUACUUAUGCACCAAGAUCCUAUGUUGGUCCUAACCUGUCCAGGUAUCAGCCUCUUAAUGAUAAUUCUAAUGUCACAGCCAAUAACAUUGAGCAAAGUACAGACAGUUGCAGCAAAUGCAAACAUCAAAAUGAUAUUGAAAAUCCAAAUUUGACAGAUAAAAAAUCUUCCCCUCAGGGACAGACAGGCUUGCUAGAUUUUUCUGUGGCGCCUUGUCCUCACAGUCAUCAUAUGGGUAGGAAUAACACAUCACGUGAUGUUGCCACUAGUGAAAUAGGUGGAACAGAAAUCUCAAAUGGUCAGUCUGUUCAGUCUGGCUCUGUUGAAUGUAGACCUGAUGAUCCCUCACAAAGUGUUAGAAGGUGUACCCAGCUAAAGGUUAACACUGUUAGUAUAGGAAAUUGUGGGAGUCAUGACUUUACUCCAAGCAUGUUAGACAAACAACUCUCUCGGUCCGAUCUGGUUGUAUCCAAUGAAAUGAUUGAUAAUCCUCAGCUGGGUUCUUCUACUGAGAACACGGAGAUCUCUCAGGGACUCAUUGAUUCAUCGUCUCAAAUGGAAAAUAAAAGUACCGAACUUUUAGUUGUCUCUACAUUGUAUAAAGACUUCAUUGGCAAUGAAACUCAGAAAGAAAAUACAGAUGUUAGUUGGACUUCAACAACUAGCACUAAGAGUUGUUCAUCAGAUACAGUCAGAGAGAAGCCAGUGCUUGCUGAGGCAGUUCUUUAUAAUGAUGCUGAUACUGAAGUCUCUACUUUGGAAAGCAUGCAUAAUUCAUUGACUGCUGAAAAGGAAAAGGCUGGCCCUGUUAUAUCCUGUCAAUCUACAUGCAAGAGCAACCAGUUAGAUUUAUCCACUUAUGGUGAUCCAGAAGUGGAUCUGACAUUGCUUAAUUUAUCACUCGAUAAAGUAGGGGAAAAGGGGACAGAAGAUAAAAGUAUCUCUGAGAAUCAUGACCUUAAUUCAUCAGGUGAAAUUCCUGCAUUCAAUCCAAAUGAUGCCUUUUCAUACAAUACCCAUAUUUGUAAUAAAUCUGAACCAGCAGAUUCUGAAGUCACUCAAUCCACAAUGAGUUCUACUGUUGGACCUUCUAAGGGUCAGGUGGAAGACAAUACUGGUGUUGGUGGGAAUAAUAUUUUGUUUGGUGAUAUAUGUAGUUCAGAAGAAACUUCUGACCCUAAUUUCUUCAAAGAGCUUAUUGGAACAGAGAAUUUCUGUAGAUUUGGGGAAGUUAAAACACCAGCAGGUUCCAAUGAAAAUCAACCAUCUUCUGGCAUACGCCACUGGCAGAUGGAUCCAUCAGCUAUUGAGAUUAAGGAAGAUUCACUUGAGACAGUUCCUGCUGCUGCUAAUCUAGAGAAGCAUACGUAUAAUCCAUAUUUAUGGACUCCAAUGGAAAUUGAGAUUGCAUCAGGAAAUGCAGAAUGCACAACUGUUGAACAUAAUUUGAAAUUAAGGAGUGCAUAUGUGGAUGUAGAGGAUUAUGCAGGGACAAAGGACUCAAGUGGAGAACCCCAAGUUACCAGUUACAACAGGCAAUUUAUGGGCACAGUUGACUAUAUAUGGUGCUCUGAAGAUCUCCAGACCGUCAAAGUGCUUGAUACAAUCCCACAGCAUGUUUUACAACAGACUCCUGGCUUCCCCACCAAGAAAUGGGGGAGUGACCAUAUUGCCUUGGCUUGCCAAUUGGCAUUUACAAAAGACUUAAAGACUAAAUAGAUUCUGCAUGUGGUAAUGCAUAUGAUAUUUAUUUUGUCGUAGGGUUGUAUGCUGUUGCCACGAAUGGAUAAGCUGGUAUUUAUAUUGUUGUUUAUUUUGUUUAUCAUAUGCAUCAAGUUACAUGCAAGCAAGUGUAUAACUCAGUCUCAAGAGAAGGCAUAAGAGAUUUUGUCCCUUUUUUCU